AUGUCUCCUCUACUUGCAACAGCUGGUCUUGUGACAUCUGCAAAUAUGACAAAACCGAAGAAAAGCUAUCCCGUCGUUGUGGAGAGUGCAAUUUUGAUAUUUGCCGUGACUGUUUCAAGCAUUACCUCACCAGCCUGCACGAGCAUGCAUUGUUCAGAGCAUGCGCACUGGAUGUCUACCCAAAGUCCAGAGGUUGCUGGGGAUGUGAUAACUGCCGAUCUUUGUUUAGGAACCCAAAUGAAAACUGGCCGUGGCAUUGCCACAAAUGUGAAUACGAUCUCUGUGACCAAUGCAUUGGUGCCAAUCCCGGGAAAAAAACAGGUGAUAAGCGAGAUACCUUAUGCUGUGGACAAUGUAAAGGAAUUUGUCGCUCCACAUUUUUGUAGUGGCCUCACGUCGCUAGAAAAUUUCGUCCUGAUUCUAGAUUCAGCACCACUUGCGCGCGAUAUUAGUGUAACCGCUGCCCGGCGUAUGAUGCCUGGUCUUCUUGAGCUUGUAAAUAGUGCUCAUGAAGCCUUUUGUUUGGCUGAUUCUGCGAUAAACAAAAUUAAUAGUGAGCUGGAAAAUGACUUCCUGAGGGUUGUGGUACAGGAGAAAUCUACAGGCGAUCGUCUCGAUCAAACAAAACAAAGUUUGGCCAAAUUACAGGAAAACGUAAAAGUAUUACAGCAGGAGUAUAAUGAAGUGAAGCGGCAACUAUCCCACGAAGAGUCCAAACUGAAAUCAGCUCGACAGUCUCAAAAAGAAAGGGAAAGAAAACUAAAAAAGGCUGAAAAAGAACGCGAAGAUGCAAAGCUCAAAGGUGCUGUUAUUGGAGGAGUCCUUCUUGGACCUUUAGGAGUCGUGGCUGGUCUCGCCAUAGCUGAUGCUGUUGAAAGCCCCAAUGUUUCCAAUGCUGAACAAGCUGUUAAUGAAGCGUCAUCUCGCGUAACUGACAUUACAAAACGUGUCAAAGGCAAGGAAACAGAGCUUUCCAACCUGGAAAACGAGAAAGAACAAGAACAACAGAAAAUGAGACGGGAAAGCCAAGAGCUGGAAUUGCUGAAAGCUAGAAAGCAACAAAUAAAAGAAUCCCAGCGCCGAUUAGCAAAACUUAAUGAAUCCAUUAAAAGUUGCGCAACCCUCGUGAAUGUAACGACAGCACGAGCAAAAAUGAUGGCAGAUGAAGCAAAUGGGGAGUUACCAGAUAUUGAAGCAAUGAUGCCUCCCUUGAAGGCCGUCGCUGAAGAUCUCUCUGAUGCAGCACUCAGUGACUGCAAGCUUUUGUCUGGAGGGUUAAACAUGAAACAAAUUGGUUCUAAGAUUCAAGCGAUAACUUCAAAAGCAUUAAAAAGCCCCACAUCAGAUGACCUGUACCUGUGGGCCUGAUAAGAGUGACUAAGGAGGGUGCGAGAAACGUUUACAGUAAUAGAAAUUAACAGUCGUGCAACUGCUGAAAUGUUUCCUCUCAACUCGUAGUUUAUUUAACUUUACCUUGUGUUAAAAUGCAUUUUAGCCCAUGUUUCUUAGGACGUAGCACAUAGUUUAAAAAGAGAAAUGUUU